AUGGCCCCCAAAGCAGUCAACGGCCGCAGAGGCGCCGAGCCCAACUUCGCCGUCAGCGCGUACCAGACCAUUAUGAGCCAGGAUAACAGGAGCGUCGUUACCGCCAUUGGCAUGUUCGCUAUCGGCGUAACGUUUUUGCACAGCAGCUGGGCGGAGAUUUUGCUGCCUGCGUAGGCGUUGAGGAAAAUAUGAGGGCAGUGAGCAAAGACACGCGUGGACCGGAUUGCGACGAAGUGAUGGAGAUCGAGAGCAAUCCGCGACGAGGAAGCGGCGGCAGGGUGACCAGGCGUGUGCAUCGGAUACGGCGUUUGGGACCGUGUAUAACACGACUGAGGGAAUCAACAUAAUGCGCUGGUCCCGGGUGACUGCUUGUACAAUACGUGUAUUACCAGGAAUAUGAGCAGUGCGGAGCUGCACGGUUCAUGGCUGAGCUAGUGUUCUGUUGCUUGUAUGCAAUGCCGUCUCCGCGUCGUUGCGGUGUCGUCGCGACCUUUGAGUAUCCCCCGGCUGGCGUCACAUAUAUCUGAAAUCAGAGCAUCAAAGUCG